UUGUCAAUAAUUUUACAAUCACUUUUGUAAAUUUCUUUAAAAAUGAGUUUAACCAUUUUGGCAUUUACGUGCACUCUCAUUCUUGCUUGGCACAUACUCAAAACAUAUAUUUGUGAUCCCAGAGAUUGUCCGAGAGUCGUGGAAGCCUCGUACAAAGAUGCUACGCAAUUCUUUUUGCUGCUAUUGAAAUUUAUGAUCAACCUAUUUGUUCGAGCAGUUUACGAUUCUUCUAACAAUUUCGAGGAAAUGGCUGCAGAUGAAUUUGUAAAGAAAUAGUUGCCUUAAUGUUAAUGUUAAAUGAUUGUAUUUUUGUAGUGUUAAAAUUUGCUGUUUUUUAUA